AUGUGUGCCGCCAAAGGAUCAACAGUGCAAAUGCAUUGCACCUACACACACCCGUCCGAUCAAACAGUUAGAGAUGAAUUCUGGAUGACUGAUGGAGUUCAGCGUCCUUUAAAGGAACAGUCAAAAUACACAGAUCGUGUGGAGUAUUUCUUUGUUGAGAAGAGCUGCACUCUGAGAAUCUCAGACCUGAGAGUGAGUGACGGAGAUGUUUACAUGUUCAGGUUUUUAACAGUUGGUAACGCAUUUUCUGGUGCAGGUGGAGUCACACUUUCUGUCACAGAUGCUCCAAAGACUCCCUCUGUGUCAGUGAGUCCCUCUGGUGAAAUCAUGGAGGGCAGUUUGGUGAAUCUGACCUGUAGCAGAGAUGCUAACAUUGUAGCUACUUAUUCAUGGUACAUGAAUCCAGAACCUGAACCUUUCAGUCAAGAUCUACAGCUUGUCUUUAGCUCCAUCCAGUCCUCUGACUCUGGAGAGUAUUACUGCUCAGCUAAGAGCGAGCUGGGGGAAAAAAAGUCCGAACACAUCUCUCUUAAUGUAAAAUAUGGUCCAAAGCGUCUCAAUGUGUCAGUGAGUCCCUCUGGUAAAAUUUUGGAGGGCAGUUCAGUGAAUCUAACCUGCAGCAGUGAUGCUAACCCAGCAGCUAACAUUACCUGGUACAAGGAGAACCAAACACUGUUUCAUGGACCAGAAGGGAGUUAUCUUUUCACCUCCAUCAGCUCUGAGGACAGAGGGAACUACCACUGCAAGUCUGAGAAUCAGUAUGGGAAGAUCAACUCUACGUCUCUAUUUUUAGAUGUCCAGUAUGCUCCAAAGCUUCCCUCUGUGUCAGUGAGUCCCUCUGCUGAGAUAGUGGAGGGCAGUUCAGUGACUCUGACCUGUAGCAGUGAUGCUAACCCAGCAGCUAACUAUAGCUGGUACAAAGACAACCAAACACUGAUUAAAGGACAUGGAGGAAGAUACAACUUUAACUCCAUCAGCUCUGAGGACAGCGGGAACUACCACUGCAUAUCUAAGAAUAAAUAUGGACAGAUCACAUCUUCUUCUCAAUCUGUUGAUGUCCAGUAUGCUCCGAAGCUUCCCUCCGUGUCAGCAUGUCCCUCUGCUGAGAUAGUGGAGGGCAGUUCAGUUACUCUGAUCUGCAGCAGUGAUGCUAACCCAGCAGCUACCAUUACCUGGUACAAGGAGAAUGAAGACUCAGCAAAAGCAUCAGGACAGAUCUUCACCAUCACUGACUUCAGAGCUGAACACAGUGGGGAUUAUUACUGUGAAGCCCAGAACAGCAGAGGAAGUCGUCGCUCUACCUUACAUCUGACUGUUAAGGAUGGAGAGUGGCUAUUUAUAGUUGCUGGAACAGUCACUGCUAUUGUAAUUGUUGUCAUACUCAUCCCUGUCUUUCUGUGGAUUAGGAAAAAAAGGGCCCCUAAGCAACCACCUGAGCCUAUACAGAGCCCAGAUGAAAGUGCACAGCAACUGCCGGCUGAGCAGAAGGAGAGACUUCAUUACGCUAGUAUCCACUUCUCUAAGAAACAAGCAGAUCCUCUUAACACUGAAACCAGCUCUGCUCUGAACCAAAGAAACCAGAGGAAAGAGAAGGUGGAGAGCGUGGAGUACGCAACUGUGAUUUUCAACAGUGGCAGUACUGCCCCACGGUGA